GUGUUGCAGCUGAAAUAAUGCUCGGAAAAAUUGGACUUGUAUUGUGCCUUCAGGCUGCGUUACUGCAGUCAAUCUCCGCCCAAAGAUGUGGCUGUUCCUGCGGAGAAUUUGACGGUUUCUCCAAAACUGCCACCUACUCCACCGGCGGCCCUGUCACCGUGACCUGUUCCGGCCCUCUCUCCAGCAAUGGCCUCUCCCUUCUCUCUGAACUCUCCAUGGAAGGUUCUCUCGACGUCUCUGGAAGCAUGCCUUUCCUAAGCGCUGUGGCUUUGGAAGGAACCCUGGACACCUCUGGAUGUGGUACUGUUGCUUACGGCUGCGGUGAUGGCAACAUUGUGAUCGUUCAGGAAAAUAAUAACCCGAGUGGAAGCAACGCAGCUUCCAAGAAUGGUCUCAGUCUGGCUAACCUGGCCCAGUGUGGGUGCAGAUACCGCUAAAUCCAAUUUUCAUUAUUCUUUCUUUCUAAAUAAAAACCUCUUUGGCAACGGU